GCUUUGUUAGGUUAGGAAGUUGCAGGAGGAACGCGUGGAAGCAAACAUACAAAAGAAAAAAAAAAAAGAAAAAAAAAGGAACAAAUACGAACGAACAUGAAUAAAAUACGGAAAACGACAACAAGAGUAACAGAAGAACCACAACCAAUGUGAACAAAAAUAAAUGAAGAAGAAGAAAACAGAGAGAGAAACAAAAAGGAAAAUAGUUGUAAAAGCCACACACAUACGCGUACACACAUACACACACAAAUGUACUAAGUAAGUUCAUACUGCGUAUUGCCUUUCUGACUUCGGUGUGAAAAUAUAUAAAUAAAAAAAAAAAAAUGUCAGUCGCGCCGGGACCCGGGGAUUUUCGAGCGACCGAAAUAUAAUAUAAUAAGUAUUUAAUCGUGUCCCGAUGGGGCGCGUUAUUCGUCGCGUUUUCCGUUUCCCUGGCUUCUCCGUUUUAGCUUUCCGUUUUCUUUCUCGGGAAAAUCGGAGAGGGAGAAGGAUCGAACGGGGGAAGAAACGUUCUUCUUUCUUUUUUUUUUCUCUCGCCCACUUCACCUCGGUCUUCCCACCUUUCGAUCUCUUUCUCGAGUGUUGGUCGUCGAUCAAACCGAGGCUAUCCAAUCCGAGAACUAUCGAGCGAAACGGAAGCCGCGACAGGGCGCGCUCGAAGAAACAAAAGAAAUCUUUUUUCACGGAUCCGCUGAAAGAUGUCCCAGGACGCCCAAGUCCCCGUGUCUCCGCCGGCUGUGUCUGUUUCAUGUUUUUCAAUAUUUGUAAUUUAUCGAUAAAAUUAUAAAAGGUAUCGAUAACAGUCUAAAGUGUGCGCUAUACUCUACAUAAUAUUAUUAUAUAUAAAGUAUAAAAGUAUACAUUAUAUAUAUAUAUUAUAUAUAUAUACAUAUAUAUUAUAUAUGAGAAGUAUAAUAUAUAUAUAUUAUACACACAUUGGGAUUGGUGAGAAUAUACGGUUUUUUCGCUUUGGAGUGUUAUUUUCUGAAAAUAUUGAACAAAAUAUGGAAAAAAAAAUUAAAAAAUAAAAUCAAUGAAUAAAAAACGAACGAACCGUUCUACUCUGACUAUUCUUUUAUUACAAUCUAUCCCGAAAUCUUGCCGACAACCGCCUUCUAGAUUCCAUUCGAUCUCAACGAGCAUCGAUUGCCCUGUGUCAUCGAAGAUGUUCCGUGUCAUCGUUUCGGAAGAUUCGUCGGUAAACGAGAAUAGAAAUGUCGAACUUAAGAACGAAUUUAAUCAAGGAAAACGGAGGUGCCCGAUCAAUUAAGGUUUCUAAUCGGAACAUUUAUUUAUAUCUAUACGUCACAUUUCGUUCACUGGUUAACGGCAACUUGAUUUCAACGACGAAUUCGCGAAAUUCAAAUUGCUUGUUAAUUACAGCGAACCGAAACGGAGUCGAUCGACGAAUUCAAUGUUUGCGGUGAGUUUGUCAAAAAGUUUCUGCCAACGCUUCCACGUACGUUCAAGAGCUUGUUUGACACGUCGAUCAGUAUCGAAAACGACAAACCUCAAGAACUCAUUAAGUUAGAAUGCUAUAAAUCGAACGAUAUCGAGUUCAAGUAUACGACAGCUUUUCUUUCCCUACAGAUUAUUAGGAGAUCUUCUCGGAAUUGACGAUUAUGCCACGAACAUGGCGUCCUUUUGGUUCUUGGAUACAUUGGUGUUUUACAUGAUACGAUACAGAGAGAAUCUCGAUGAGUAUUACACGAGUGUUUUGGUCAGUUGGUUGGCUGGGGAAAUUAGAUUACUCCGAGAUAGGAAACAUACUCGGGAAGGAUUUUUUAGGGAGUUGAAAAGCAUUUUCAUCGCAGCAGCUAACAAAAUAUCUGAACAGAAACAAAUGCCAUAUUGGGACGAAAUCGUGGAAGAACGCGAAGCAGGUGAAGAAAUAGAAGAAAGACUGUCAACAGGAAAUCAAUCGAUAAGAAGUUUACGAGAACCUUCUUCUGAAGCUGACGUCAAACUUUCGGAUACUAUCGAUCCAGUUUCCGUAUUAGAUAUCGUGAUUGAAGCUACUUACGAUAUGUACGCGAACGAGCUACGAUACGCCCUCGUUUACGCGGUUUUCGUGGAACCAAUUGAGAUAGAGACUUACAAUUUACCAUUUACUUUCCGUACACCACGCCCAGUGAAACCGGCAGAUUCUAAGAUGAUCCCUUUUAAUAUACAAUUGCAAAGAAGUUUGAAAAGAAUCGAGACAAUGGACAAAUCUAAAAAGGACAAUAAAGCAGGCAAAAAACUUAAAACAAAUUACAAAAUACCCCCAACACCUCCGCCUUCUUUGGACGAUGAAGUAAUGUUGAUGACCAAUCGGUUAUUUAUUCUACCAUUAAUAGAAGCGAACGAAUCAUCGGAAAUAUUCGAGACACCCGAUGCAUAACAUUAAAUAAUCGAACACGCAAAUAUUUGAAAAACAUCCUCUUUAUUUUUCCUUUGUAAAACUAGCCAUUGGACGAAGUUACAAUAUCAGUCUGUUACGAGGACUGUACCCCAUUCAUAACACUUGAAAUCUUUAAUACUUUCUGAACGUAAAGGAACAUCGAGUUUAACAAAUUUUGAAGAACUCGAAAGUUUUUCCGGGGAUUGCCCUAAUUGUCCGUAUUUGUUGCAUCCACAUCCCCAAAGCGUUCCAUCAUCUGUUGGGAAAGUAAAUUUCUGCAAUACAUUUUUUUCUGAAAUAACGAUCUUUUUCUUUUUUUUUUUUUUUUCUUUAAAUAUACCCGUCAUACAAAUGGUGAAAGUAUUUCCACAUUGAACUUUUUUCACAGAAACUUCUAUGUUCUCGUCUUGAUCGUUUGUAAAAUCUAUUAACGUGGGUGUAGCAACUACUUUGCUCUCUUGCUUUGUCAACCCUAAUUCUCCAUUUGUGUUCCAUCCCCACAUAUAUAAGUCACCCUAUGGUUUAAAAAUAACUAUUGCCAACUAUGUUCAUCGAUUUUGUUUGUUCUAGUAGUACGAAAAAUAUUUAUAAACUGCGAAUGUUCAUACAACCCUAUAUUUUCAUGAACGUAACUAAAGAAAUGGAACUUCAAUAGAAAUUUGUUUUGUCUAUUAAAUAUUAUAAUAAGUAAUCUUACUUUAAAUAUAUUAUGUGUUUUUGCACAUUAUGUGGAUUCUGUUUAAUUUUUCAAGAUCACAUAAAUAUUCGCAGUUUAAAUAUUUAUUUACUUGAUCAGUUACUACGGCAGUAUGCCAACCCGCGGCUGAUAUUUGCGUUACUCUAAUGCCAGCUAAAGCGUCAACGAUUCUUGGAUUAUCGCAGUCCUCUAAAUCAUUGUGUCCUAAUUGGCCACGCCUAUUUCGUACGAAUCAGUCCAUUUUACUUUGACUGUAUUGAUUUAUGAAAUAAUACAUGAUUGAGUACAUACGUUCCCAUUCCCAUUGAAUAAACGUCACCAUUCUCUGCUAACAAGAUGGUGUGAUCAAAUCCACCAGCAAUGUCUAUGAAUCGAACCCUCUUUGGUAUAUCAAUCAAAAUAGGGACAUUAAAAGCUCGACCUAAACCACGUGUUAGAUGUGUGCAUAAACUAUACUAUUUGAAAUAUUUAGAAUCCAAAAUAUGGCAAAAAUGGGCUAACACCAAUAUUAAAUAAUCUGAAUAAUUUUUUUCUAGUUAAUUUCGUUAUAUU